UUUCUUAUUUCAAUAUCUGUGAUUAUAAAGCGCUUGGGACUAACCAUGUCCGAUUCAUCACUGAAGCCACCCGCCAGCAACAAACCGCUUAGACCUCCUCAAGUGGUGGCUCUCAGCGGAUCUCCCGGUGGUCUCCAGCUACCCGUCACAGCGCCGCAGAAGCUGAACAGUAGUACCAAUGGCACCUCCUCAGCCUCCGGCUCUGCCACCGGCAAUCCACGCAACAAGUGCGCCCUGAAGCCGGGCUACUCCCUCAUGAGCUGGAUAAGGCUGUGCAACUCAGGAGCGGAUCUCUCCGGUACCGGGGGACGCACAGUGCCAGUCUCCCGGAGCGAGUUGGCGGUACACAACAAGGUCGACGACGCCUGGAUGGCCAUUCGCGGGCGUGUUUUUAAUGUCACUCGGUACAUGGACUUCCAUCCCGGCGGCGUGGACGAACUAAUGCGUGGCGUCGGACGCGAUGCCACCCAGUUAUUCGACGAGGUGCACGCCUGGGUGAACUAUCCCCAGUUGCUGGGCAAAUGCUACAUAGGACCUCUGAAGGAGAACGCUUCCAAGCCCUCCAAAGAUCCUAUUAGUCCCGAGAUAACGGCGACGAUUCCAACGCCAACGGAGAUUCUGCCUCGCUUCGAUUGGAUUCAGCAGAGGAGCGAGCUAACCCUGAUCUUCUACACCCGCAACUUUGCCAACCCGGGUGUGGUGGUCCGAAGGCAGAAAACGCAGCAGCUGGAAGUGCGGAUUUUAAUAGCUCAGCAAUGGCACACCUUUGACUUCCAGCUAACGGAGAAUGUGGAGUGGCCACCGAAGGCUGUAAAAGUCGGUGCGGAAACUGGAAAGAUUGAACUGGUUUUGGGCAAAGAGGAGCCGGCACCUUGGCCAACCUAUGGAACACAUACCACACGAAAGUUGGACUCUCUUAGUGUACAAGAGGAGCGUUAUAUCUACGAGGUGAUCCAUCGGGAGGAUUUCAACCAUGAUUCCUUUGAACUCGGUCUACGAAGCGCUAAGCGGGAUCUAGUGAUGCUUCUACCAGUGGGUUUCCACAUCAACAUUGAAGUUCCACUGGACGGAGAGCUGAUCCAGCGAAGCUAUACACCUGUGAACCAAACAUAUCUAAAUUUGGAUACAAACUCGGAUAGUGUAUGCUUCUUAAUUAAGAGAUACACCAACGGACCCGUCUCUAGUCACCUGCAUCAGCUCCGCGUUGGAUCCUCUGUUCAGCUAAGUCCUCCCCGUGGUGGAUUCCUGCUUUCAGAGCUCAGUGCACACCGAAACAUUCUUCUGCUGGCAGCCGGAAGCGGGCUAACACCGAUUUUAAGUCUGAUUCAGCCGAUCUUGAGGAGGAAUUCAAAUCGCAUAGAAAGCCUCCACUUGUUCUACUUCAAUAAGACCCCAGCUGACAUCUGGUUAAAGGUGAAACUUGAGGAACUGCACUUACAAGACGAACGAUUCAGCUGCACCCACCUGCUCUCUCAGGCGGAGGAGAAGCCUGAACGAAUAUCGCUGGAACUGUUAACUUCUCUGUUUCGGGAAAAGCAGCCGGACAGAUGUACUUAUGUGGCAAUUUGCGGACCAAGUGGCUUCAACACGGCUGCCGUCGAUAUUUUGACCCAGCUGGGCGUUAAGCCCAAUCAAAUGCACGUCUUUCGAGGCUAAACGGAGGAGAAA